AUGGCCUUUAAGCGCACCCCCAACGACCGCACCCUCAACUCCCGCGUCUCCAAACCCCACAUCACCUACCUAAACGUCCAUCUCAACCACGAGCCACACACAGCAGUACGAACGACAAAGAAGCGCGACCAGAUGCUUCGCCGAAUAGACAUCCUACCCCCUCGUCUUACCAGCCCAAGCUCGAUGCACAAACCCUUCGACACUCGCUUCGCGCGACAUAAGUCCACAUGGCGGUCCAUAGCGCAUGGCUUUGUGGAGCAGCAACAAGCACGGUUGAGAGAGGCGGAGGGAGACGAGAUGGAGUGCGGAUACGAUACUAUGGACCAACUGGCCGCGUUCGAGACGAGCGGUGGGGUGUUUGGUAGUCCGCCUGCUUCGGCCGCGUCGUCACCAUCGUCGUCAUCUCCAAGUAGCGAUAACUCUGGAAGUUCGGCAACAUCUUGGAGCACCGCGUCGACCUUCAGUGCGAACAACAGCGAUAUGUCCUCUCCUGAGGUCGACAUGAUCGACGCUUCCGACGAGUAUGAAAGCCAUGUCGCCGCCGCGCCCACAGUUACCACUGCCCCCAUACCCGCACCACCAUCCUCGCAGCCGCCACAGCCCGUGACCACGGCGUCCAUCGCCGCGGUCAACCCAUCCCAAUUCUCAAGCUUAGGCUACUUACCAUCUAAACCCUUACCAACCGAAAAGGCGGCCGCCAAACCGCGCUCAAAAGCCCCCUCUCUACCCCCCAAAUCCGCAUCCAAACCCGACGUCGAACUAGGCAUGGGCUCUUUCUCCGCCUCAAAAAUCACCUCCUCCUCUACCCUUGUCUCCGCUUUCGCCAACCCCCAUUUCAAGCAAUUUUUCGCGGACGAGAUGAAAGCGCUACAAACCUGCCUUGAGAAGAAGAAGAAAGGGAUUCGUGGUUCUGAUCUCGUCUAUCUUAAUAGGUCGCUGAAAUGGGUUAUUGAUGCGGCGGAGGCAAAGUGGUUUAAUCCCGACAUUGACUUUGAGAGCGAUGAUGUGGCGGAUUGGAGGGGGAAGUUGAAUGUUUUUAUGGAGGUUUUGGGGGGUGUUGUUGGAGAGGGUGGGGGAGAUGGAAAAGGGGAUGGGGUUGCGAAGGAUACGAAGGAGAGGAUUGAGAAGGUUUUUGAGUUGUUUGCUGAUGAGGAGGGGGUGAAUGGGGGGUUUGGGGAGGAGGCGGGACUUUGA